ACCUUCACAAGACACACCCCUCAUCAUGUCCGCCCCCGAAAUCCCCUCCCUACAUUCCAAAGCCGAAUACCUGCGUGCCGUCAUGUACGAAGGCGUCACGAUCCUCGAAGGCACCGCAACAUGGUGCCAGCAGUGCAAAGUGAUCGCACCCGAAGUCGCCAAGAUGGUUGAGGAGUAUCCGAAUGUCAAAUUCUACACAUACGACGUGGAAGAGUGCGAGGACAUUGCGCAGGAGCUGGGCGUCAGUCAGAUGCCGACGUUUAGUAUUUUCAAAGACGGGGAUAUUCAGGAGGGCGUUACGGGUGCAAGACCCAAGGAGAUAAGGAAGGCGAUUGAGGGUUGUCUAUAGCUGCUCGUCUAAACAUUCCAUACAUGCAUGCGUCUAC